AUCAAUAAGUCGGAUCCCGAAGCAGUCAAAUGGCAAUUGAAUGAUCUCUUCGGCGAUCUAAUGAUCACAUGUCCGACACAUCAGUUUGCCGUCAAUUAUGGCCAACAGUCGGCCGAAAGUAAUGUAUAUUUCUAUGAAUUAACAUAUCAUAGGACGCCUACAAAACCGGGUCCAGACAUGUUUGGUGUCACUCAUGGCGAAGAAGUGCCUUUUGUUUUCGGUUUACCACUUAUUUAUCCACAGAAAACCGACACAGAAAUAGACAAACAGUUCAGUCGGGAUGUCAUGAAAAUGUGGACCGAUUUCGCUAAAUAUGGAAAACCAACUGUCGAUUGGCCUAAACUUAUUGAUAAUAAAGUGAAAGAUUAUGUGCCGAAAGCCAAAGAACUUAAUCCAUACAAACUGUGGCAUAAUUUCAAUAAUUUAUUCAAUACUACUUGCGAUGGCUUUUGGAAACACUAUUAUAAUUAA